UAUGGUGAUGUAGGAGGAGGAAGCAUGACUUCAAACCACACCUCCAUCUCUGACUGAUAAUUCUCAGCGUGAAGGAAGAGGUGGCCUCGCUCAUAAAGCAGAGCAACACUCAUCUCCCAGCAUUCGCCACCUUCCAGCCUUACGUUUACGGAGCGUUUCCUCGGAAUGUUUUGGCAGAGCUGACAGCGGCUUGACCCGACUCCAGAGGAAGGGGGCUGUAGAAUUUGACGGAUCAGAACCAGAGCUGUGCCUGAGGACUAAGGAAGAUUCCGGCGAGACGAAGCAGUGAACUUGGGAGGAUGAUGGACAGCAUUGACAGAAAUGUAGACCACUGCAAUGUUAGCAACAACGCCACGUACAACAUGCUUUCCUGGAUUGUUGCUGGCCAGUUUGCGCUGGGUCUGCCUCUCAACCUGUCUGUCCUCUACAUCUUCAUCUUCAGGUUCAAGUUCUGGAAGAACAAGAGCAUCUUCCUUUUCAACAUUGUGGUGGCAGACUUCCUGCUGGUGGCAUGUCUUCCUGCCAAGGCCUACCACUACCAGCGGGGCCAGAGACGCAGUCCCAACUACAUCAUGUGCAAGACCAUGCUCUUUAUGGUCUUCCUCAACCGCGGCGCCAGCAUUGCCUUCCUGGUCAUGCUGUCCAUUGACCGCUACUUCAACGUGGUCCACCUGGGCAGGAGGAACUUUGUCAAAGUCCUGAAGAAGUCCCCCCAAAUCUCGGUGGUCAUUUGGCUGUUUCUGCUGCCCCUCACCAUCCCCACCAUGCUCAACACCUUUGAGUGCUGUAACAGCUACGGCCGAGUCAACAACACCUUCUCUCAGGACGUGACGGACACCUCCAGGGAGGUGGUCUUCUUCGCUGAAAUUCUCCUCCCUUUCAUCAUUCUGGUCUUCUGCACGGUGCGCAUCGUCCACCGACUGAGAAGGAAGACAGUGGGUGACAAGAGCAAACUGAGGAGAGCAUCAUAUGUGGUCACGUCCGUGGUGGUGCUCUUCUCCAUCUGUUUCCUGCCGUCCACCAUCGCCCGAGCGGUGCUGCUGGCAACACGGCUGGGGAUGAGGCCGGAAGCGGAGAAUGUGGCGGCUCAGGUGUACGACAGCCUCAUGGUUCUGUCCUACAUCGACUGCCUGCUUGACCCGCUGGUCUACUGCUUCUGUCACUCGGGUUUCAAGGACGCCUACGUCACCACCUUCUGUCCUGUCUUCCUGCAGAAGAGGCUGCUGAAAUUGGAGUUUAGCUCAGGAAUGGGAACAACGACCACCACAACAAGCUCUAGGGGGAGAACCCUUUCUUUGCCAAUGUUAGAUAAAUGACUUUAAUGACUGUCAUGAACAUUGAU